AUGGCCCACGCCUCAUCGCCACGCCACCGCCCGCGCAACGGAACGGGCACGCCACGCGCCCCUCCGCCCCUUUUCUUCUUCUUCUUCUUCUCGACUCUCCGCCAUUGCGCUAACCAAGGACAGAGAAGCCAGGCGGCAGCAACCCCUUUCCUCCAAUCUCCGUCCAUUCGAGACGUCUGCGGGGCCGGGCAAGGCAUGGUCGCCAUGCUGCCCGCCGCGAGGGGGGACGCCGCCCCAGCCGCCAGCGCCGGCGCCGCCGACAAGCUCGUCCACGGGCCUGUCACCGACGGCAAGUGCAAGAAGAAGGCCCCGAGGAUGAUCCACAAGGCCGAGAGGGAGAAGCACAAGCGCGACCUGCUCAACGAUCUCUUCAGCGAGCUUGACGAAAUGCUAGAAGCAGACAGGCAGACCAAUGGGAAGGCAUGUAUAUUGACUGACACCACUCGAAUCCUUCGAGACCUGCUUUCGCAAUUAGAAUCUCUCCGAAAGGAGAAUAGCACCCUGCAGAAUGAAUCCCAUUAUGUUACGAUGGAGAGGAAUGAGCUGCAGGAUGAGAACGGUGUGCUCCGCAAUGAAAUUCUGGAGCUACAAAAUGAGCUGGCGACGCUUCCCGCAGGCAACCCAGGUUGGGGCCAUGCUACUGCUGGAUCGCCUCACCCUGCGGGCACAGUUUUCCCGUCACAGCAACCAAUGCAGCCGACCACCAUCGCAAGCGCAGUAUUCCCCUUGCAGCACCCUUAUGCACCACCACCACCACCACGGGAACUUAAGCUCUUCCCAGAUGCUGCGUCUGAUAUCGAAGGCCUUGAACCAUCAGAAGAUCAGGAGGCCGCCAACCAUAUUGCGCGACCGCUGGCGAGGUACCCAACACAGUCAGCGUUGUGGCCUGUAAGCCUGGGUCUCCCGAGGAUGGAAGACGAACAGUGUAGCAGUGGCACAACCGGCAGUAGCAAGGAAGGUAGUAGCUCUGCCUCUAGUAGAGAUUGA